CACGUGCUGUUCUCAGACUUAAACCGGCACCGCCAUCGACGACGACGAUGUACGGCAAGGCACCACCACUACGCCAAGAUGGGAAUACUCAUGUGGACGGGAACAGUUACCGGCAAGUAUAGGAUAAAAACAAGUCGACUGCGAAUGCCAUCGAUUCCAUCGAUAAGAUGACCCUUCCCCGGCUGGCAAGUGCGCUCGUCACUGAGUCGCUCGUUGCUGCGACUUACAGCGAUAUCAAUGGCAACAAGACGGCGACAUUAUCGCUCAACGGAACCGACCUCGCCAAAAUCCCAUUAGUAUGCAAACCAAUCUUAUCUGGAAACGAUAUCAAGCUGCUCGACCCCCUUGACAUUAAUCCAUCUUACACUGAUGCCGACCUAGUCAGGAUAUGGUCGCAAUUCUCAUCACUGUCUGGACUAUCAGAGGAGCUAAGCGCCUCCAUCUUGGCAGAGUUGGUGAGCGCGUCGGAAUGGUUUGCGCGAGAUACCAGCGAUGGUAGCGCCUUCCCGAUGCUCUCGUCACCAGCGAUUGCGUGGGAACAGUCGGUGAAGGGCGGGCACCCGACGCAUCCGAUGCAUAAGACGCGUGCUUCCCUCCCGCCCCUGCGCCUCGACCCGUCGUACAACCUUCUCCACCCUCGCCUGAGGCUGAUCCACGUCCCCCCUACAUCUGUCCUUGUAACUGGGGCCUAUCACGACCUUAUCAUCCCCUUUAUUGCCCGUUUCCCGGUACAUACAGUUCCAGAUGGAUACAUUCCUGUUCCCGUGCACGAGCUUCAGAUCGCCCAUAUAGCCACUAACUUUCCCGAAGCAGUGAUACACCCACCAGCUGUUUCUUACCCAGUCGAGGCACAACAGUCUCUAAGGUCAAUAAUUGUUCCAGGUCUCAAUAACGGACUUCAUUUGAAGCUACCACUGGGUAUCAAAUUGACGAGCGCUGUACGCACCAUUUCACCAGCAUCAGCGUAUCUCGGACCGCGUUUUUCUGCCCAGAUAAUCCCCAAACUCACAUAUGAUCGAACUAUUCUAGCCGUAGCAGAGGAGCCUGUGUCGCUCAUUGGCACACAUCCUGACCCUCUCGUUGCUCGACAUCUUGCGUGUCUCAUCCGACAAGACCAUACCGUCAACUCGGGAACCAUCGACAUCGUCUGCACUGCCCUCGUCGAUACUUCCUCCCCACAAGCCAUUUUCGGUCUUUCUACGAAGGAAUCACGCGUCACCUGGCUCUCCACUUACAUUGAUGUCCUCCUUCGCGCUUUUCUCCCGCCUCUGCUCAUCAACGGCGUGGCAUUCGAAUGUCAUCCUCAGAAUGCCGUCGCCCGUUUCUCAUCCGAAGCCCCUCACAAACUCGUCGGCUUCAUUGUCCGCGAUUUCGGUGGAUUGAAGAUACACCCUACUACUCUUCUUGCUUCCAUUCCAGAAGCAGACCUUUCUUUCGUUCACCCCACCCAUUCCAUCUUAGCCGAGACGAUAGAUGCGGUCUGGACGCGGAUGUAUCAUACUGUCGUGCACAACCAUCUCCAGCAGCUAAUACGCGUUAUGGGUCUUCAUGCAGGUGGUGAGGGAUACGAGCUGUUUCGCGUGCAUCUUGCAAAGUUUGUUCCUUUGACACAUCCGUGGUUCACUCAGCCGUAUGUGGAAGGAAAGUGUUUCAUGCGCAUGCGUAUGCAGGGCAUGGAUAGAUGGCAUUUACACGGGCCGUUCCCGAAUCUUGUGCUUUUCCGAGGAGAGGAGCUGGGUAUAGUGAUGGGCAAAGGAGAUGGGCAAAAGGUUGAGAAAGCUGACGGACAGAUUGAAGUCACAUCCCUUGGCGUAUCUAGUUGGGUCAAAGUAGCAUAAGCUUCUUUGGAUACCUCCUCGUCCCUUUAUCUUUAAAUACAACUUCUUAUGUGAACCUGCAUCCUGCUAUGUAUAUUAUCCCUAGAAUUGUUAUAUGGAAGUCGAAGUAAAGUAAGGAGAUUUGAAUUUGAAUUCUUAUUCAAC